GAGCUUAUCCUACGUUAACAGCCCCGGGAAGCUUCCGAAUUCAGCACCACUUGAUUCAACUUGGGUAACAACCACAGCAAAAUGGAGAUCCCAGGUGAGCGUUUCGUUUUACCCUUGGACAAUGAUUCUCAGGACGACCAGACCCUCGCACCCCAGCCUCGAUCAAGUCUCAUCGGAGACAUUGUCGAAAAUACACCUGAUAGCACACCUACAGUUCCGGUUCUUCCUCCAAAUGCAUCUCAAGGCACUGGAUUUCCCGAGCAUAGGAAUCGGGUUCGUGGUCCAUCAAAAUUCAAACAAAGAAUACAGGGGACUCUUCCGAAAAAGCAGAUGAAGGACACUUUUACCCCGGAGAGAACAGAGAGGCAAAUGAUAAGUGAUCAGAACGAGCAACGCAUUGCGAGCAUGUCACUAGAUGAUAUUGAGAGGGAGCAAAAAGAAUUGAUGGAUAAACUGCCUCCUGGCCUCAUUGAGCGGUUUCUAAAAAAGGCUCAGAUGGGCGACGAGGAAGUUCAUGGCUCCUUUAAAGACUCGAAAGUCGACGGGAACAUGUCGAAAUCUGGGCCGGGCUUCAAACCAACUUCAGAAGAUCAACAACAAAGACCAAGUGGCCGUCCAAAGCUCACAAAGAAGGUCACUUUCGAAAGCGACGCCCUACCAGCAGUGGACGAGAACAACAAUCUCCUUCCUGCAGUUAACAUGCACUUUCCCAAACCAACUGCAACAGUUCAAGCUGACAAUCUCGACCCUGACUCCCCUGAAUUCCUCGAAAAGCUCCAUACAACAUAUUUCCCCAGCCUUCCUGCCGAUCCCUCAAGACUCGCCUGGAUGGCACCCGUCUCGUCUGAGGAAGACAGGUCAUCCUACCACCCCUCCCAAACCGACCUCCCUGCAUCAGCCCUACGUUUCGAUUUCAAGGGGAACCUUCUUCCGCCCCGUGUUUCCCGUGAGCUCCCGGGCCACCUGGGACUCCACCAUCAUGCAGCCGCGCCUAACGCCGCCGGGUAUACUGUCCCAGAACUAGCCCAUCUUGCUAGGUCCACGUUCCCUACGCAGAGGUGUAUGGCUAUACAGACAUUGGGGAGGAUACUGUAUAGGCUUGGAAGAGGUACCGAGCAGGGUGGCUUUGGCAUUGAGGAGAUUGUGCAGGGGUUAUGGAAGUGUAUGGCUGAAGGAAGAGUUAUAGAGGGUCUCGAGGAAGCAGCUGCGGCCACUGGUGGGCAUAUGAGUGUUAAGGCAUAUUCUACGGAUGCCUUGUGGCUGUGGCAGAAGGGUGGUGGGCAUAGAUGGAAAGCUCAGUGAAAUUUUUACUGCUUUGCCGUAUCUGUGUAUUCUGGCUUUCUUUGACAUACUAUGAGGCAUGCGAUAUUUGCUAGUCACCCCUUUCAGAACGACAUGGUGGAGCUCUAAGUCGCAAAAGCUUCUAUGAUUGUCUUUCAUUGUAUAUUUGUCGUUUGCCUUCUGUCAAUUAGAAUUGUCUCUGUCGAUUAGAAUUGUCGUUAUUACGGUAUCUUAUCCAUUAAGUGUUGUAACC